AAAGAAAGUGUAAAUGCGUUUGUGACUGAAAAAGGAGGGGAUAGAUUGAACCUUUGGUGAAAGAGCAGAGUGACCCAAAUGGGCAAAAGUCUUAAUUUUGAGAAGCCAUUUUGGUGUUAGGGCACUUAAAUGAAAAUAGGCACAAUUAUUAUUUAUAGCAGCAGCAGGAGAUUUUGCAGCAGCCAGCCCCCUUCUGUCUAGUCUUUUCUUCUUUUCUCCAUUAAACUAUCAAAAGGAACAAAUGAGAGGAAUUUUUCAGCAGUAUUUGUGUUGUGCGCCUAAAUCAAACCACCUCACCCCCACCCACCCACCCACCCUAACGCAUCUCCUUCUCCCCCUCUGCUUCCAUGGCUGUAACAACCAUGAGAGAAAGUGAGGUAAAAAACAAGAAUUGCUUAUUAUAUAUUCCUGUCGCUCUCAUUUUUCUGACCUUCAAACCUCCUUACUGUCACUGACAUACCGUAUCACCCCACCCUAUCUCUCUCUCUAUCCCUCUCCUCCUUUCUCUCUCUACCCCACCCUCCCACCACCUUAUUAUACCCACUACCCCAUUAUCACUGUCACGGUUUAUUCCUCUCUGUGUUUGGAUGAACGGAAAUGCUCUAAUCUUCUUCAACGGAGCUCUGUAUGUGUGUGAACAUGCAUCUCUGUCAUGAAAGGAACCUCCUUUUUCUCAGCAUUUUCGUGGCUUCGGUGGGUAUUUCUCUGUGUUUUGAAGGGAGGAACCCGGAAGUUGAAGCUUUAGUAGCCUUAAGGAAUAACUUGAAUGAUCCCAAUGGAGUUUUGAAAAAUUGGGAUGUCGAUUCUGUGGAUCCUUGCAGUUGGGCUAUGAUAACUUGUUCUCCUGAUAAUCUAGUCACUGCAUUGAUAGCACCAGGUCAAGGUUUAUCAGGGACAUUGUCUGGGUUUAGAGCAAACCUCACAAAUCUCAAACAAAUGUUGUUACAAAACAACAAUAUAUCAGGCCAUAUUCCAAAAGAGAUAGGCAAACUUCCCAAUCUUCAGACUUUGGAUCUAUCCAAUAAUGAGUUCUCGGGUCAUGUGCCAGAAACACUGGGCUUCUUAAACAAUCUGCAGUAUUUGAGAUUGAACAACAAUAGCUUGUCCGGGGCGAUACCUCUGUCUUUAUCCAGGGUCCCCAAACUUGCUUUCUUGGAUUUGUCUUACAAUAAUUUCAGUGUACCAGUGCCAACAUUUACAGCUAGAACAUUCAAUAUUGUGGGCAAUCCCUUGGUUUGUGGAAGCCUCUCUUCCGGGACAUGUAAUGGGUCGUUAAAUACAAUUCCUCUUUCAAUCAUUUUAAAUACAUCUGGGGGAAGAAAUGUCUCAAAAAGACUUGCCAUUGCACUUUCAGUCAGCUGUAGCUGUGUCUCUCUUUUUCUUUUGGGAAUGUCAUUUAUCUUUUGGAAAAGAAGCAACCGGAGAAGGCUGUCCAUUCUUAAUGUUAGUGAUCUGCCAGAUGAGGAGCUAGUAAAACUGGGGAACUUAAGAAGCUUCGGUUUCAAAGAGCUGCAACUUGCAACUGAUAGUUUCAGCUCCAAGAACAUUCUAGGCGCCGGUGGGUUCGGUAAUGUUUACCGGGGGAAAUUUGGCGACGGGUCACUGGUGGCGGUUAAGAGACUUAAGGACAUUAAUGGGACGGCUGGGGAGUCACAGUUCCAAACAGAGCUUGAACUUAUAAGCUUGGCGGUUCACAGGAACUUGCUCCGCUUGAUCGGUUAUUGCGCCACACCAACGGAACGGCUUCUCGUCUACCCAUACAUGUCUAAUGGUAGUGUGGCUGCAAGACUUAGAGGAAAACCGCCUCUAGAUUGGUAUACAAGGAAGAGAAUUGCAAUAGGAGCAGCCAGAGGUCUUCUUUAUCUUCACGAACAAUGUGAUCCAAAGAUAAUUCACAGAGAUGUAAAGGCAGCGAAUGUGCUAUUGGAUGAGUACUAUGAAGCCAUUGUUGGGGACUUUGGGCUUGCAAAGCUCCUUGAUCACGCCGAGUCUCACGUCACCACAGCUGUUCGUGGGACUGUUGGCCAUAUCGCCCCUGAAUACCUUUCCACCGGUCAAUCGUCUGAGAAAACUGACGUAUUUGGUUUUGGGAUUUUGUUGGUUGAGCUUAUAACAGGAAUGCGAGCUCUUGAGCUGGGAAAGUCUGUUAACCAGAAGGGUGCUGCACUUGAAUGGGUAAAUGAAAUGCAAAGGGAGAAGAACUUUGAUGCCCUGGUCGACAGAGAACUGGGGAGCAACUAUGACAAGAUUGAGGUUGGGGAGAUGCUACAAGUCGCCAUUCUGUGCACUCAAUAUCUGCCUGCGCACCGCCCGAAGAUGUCUGAGGUGGUUAGGAUGUUGGAAGGAGAUGGUCUGGCUGAAAAAUGGGCAGCUUCACAUAACUAUGACCGUCACACCCCCCUCCACUUAUCUAAGGUCCCUGGGUAUGAUGACAAUGAUUAUGACCAUAUACCCAUCUUCGGGACGAUGAUGGAUGAUGAUGGCUAUGAUGCACAUGCCAUGGAGCUUUCAGGUCCUAGAUAAAUUAAAUCACUGAAGUAGAUAAAGUUAAUUCUUGAUAUAAUCUUUACUUGGUAAAUUCUUAACCGAUUAAAUGCUAUCAAUCCUUAGUUUUAGCUGAAACGCAGUAGUGAAAAAGGCAGAAAAACCAACUUUCUGUUCUCUUUGCUUUACUUUUCCCCCCACUACUCUCCCAUUCUCUUUUGGGAAAUGGCAACUUGCCUUCUUUGUGGUUGGAACUGAUUCCGAAUUUCCAAUAAUUGUGUGGAAAUAAUUAGGAUUUCAACCUGUAGAUAACUUUCCUUUUUUGUUUAUUAGGAAAUAUGCUUUUUAUUGUGUGGCUAUAUGAUGCCUCGUUCACGUUGUAUUAGUUUGGGAUCUGAUUGGUACUUUUAUGCAUCACAAGACUAAUGCUCUGUUUGGUAAAUGGUAACCAACAUUGUGCUUAUUGUGAGUUUGUAUCCUUCAACUUA